AAAUGGAAAAGGCGAUCUCCACUCUCCAAUUCAUAUCUACGAUGUCCUACGCAAAGUCGCUUUUUGCAAAGCAGGACUUUUUGCAAAUAUUGCCCGCUCUAUGGCUGAGCAGGAGCUCGAGUGCGAAUCAGUGUGUGUCGGAAGCUCCUCGACUAAUAGCGAAGAGCGUUCCACGGAACAACGUCGUGACGAUUUCAUGUUAGUUUCGAGCGAGUCAACUAUGUCUACUGACGGGUCUAAAGAACUUUUCCGAGUGGUGCUGCGUGAUCGUAGACAUGAAAGGGAAGAGCUCCACCUGUUGUUCUACUUAAUUGCCGUUGCAACAGAUCAAACUUCACCACUGGAGGAAGAACGUCACCGCGAGGAUUCCAGGCAGAGCGAAGUUGGAGAAUUCAAAAACUUCGAAAAGAAAAAAGAAGUACCGCCUGUAGAAAGUGUGAAGGAUAUAGAGCAAAUGGUGAACCGGAUCAAUGACGAUGACGCGGAUGGCAGUUUGUCGUCUCGUAGACGGUUCUCCAGCGGUGGCCACUUGCAGAGCUCUACAACUGCUGCUUUAUCCAUCAACAAGCCGCCCAAUUUGGUAUCAGAUGCAGAGUCGAUUCUGAACUCACCCCGUUGCUCCGAAGGAUUCCUAAAAGGCGCGGAAUCAGACGGAGACGUGCAUCGAGUGACCGUUCAAGGAAAUGCACCACGUCGUCAUCGGAAACCGGCAUAUAAUGACGAUGGUACGAUUCCUGGUGAGCAUGUGACCUAUAUUCAUUUCCUUAGCACACGACAAAGAAUACUACAGAAGGAAGUCGAAGAUGCUGUUUCGCAGUUCAGCCUCCAACUAACCUCAUGCGUGAAAGAGGCGGAAUUUCUGUGUCGCCGUGCGAUUAUGUGGAAACAAUGUUUGAUAGUGACAAAUCCUGAUUUGGAUGCGAUGUUUAUGAUAGAAUGUGUCGGUGAAACCACUCCAACACUUAGUGUGCUACUUAAAGAGGCGGAUCUUGUCGAGGACACACAGGACGAAUCGAAACUGUUCCGCUGA